AUGUGCACAGCUGAAGCAACUGCCUCUCUGCUCCAGGUGGAAGAAACCUUCUCAUCAUGCCUGGCACGGAUAGAUGCCCUCAUCCUCAAGCCUCUGCUCCAGGCAGAGCCUAGUGACCAAAAGGGAAAGGAGAACUUUAAGCUCUUCCUGCUCCUGAAUGAUCGAUUUCAAGCUCUCUGGAACCUCACAGAAGAAAAUUACAGGAUACUGAAACAAAAGUGCAGCACCUCAGAGUCAUUCUGCAUCCAGGACAUUUACAUAGUCUGGAAAGGAGAUCUAUUUCUAAGCCUCUACAUCCAAUACUUUGUCACUUUUGCAAACUACGUUGUAGUCCAUGGCUUUGAACAUGCCACAAAGAGCAAAAGUGAAGCCUGGAAGCACCAUAAGACUGUGCUGAAACAAUUCCUCACAGAUUUCACCUCUGAGACCUCCAUGUCACUGGCCUUAUACACUGUUCUUCACAAACCCAUUCGGGACCAUAUUGAGCAAUAUCUACUGCUCCUUACCAAGCUGAAGGAGGUUCUGAAAGAGGGCUCUGACAAGGACGUUGUUUCCAGUGCCAUCCAGGAAUAUGGGAAGCUGGAGUCUUUCAUCAGCCAAGUCCUGGAUGAAGCUUGUUUUACCAAGUCCUUAUGGAAAUCCCUGGGCUACAAAUUCACAGACAUGCUCUGUGUACCUGAAAGGAGGCUGCUGGAAGACAGCAAAAACCUUCCCAUCUCUGCCAGCACGAGUCGAUCAGAUCGGGUCUUGCUCUUCGAUGAUGUCCUUGUGCUAAUCCAGGGAAACAGCUUUCAGAGUUUUGAUCUGAAGCUUGUGUGGGUAGAUGAAAACUGCAAAGAGAAAUCAGCUCCUGGACCGUAUGGAUUCAGCAUUAUAACCCCAGAAGAAACGUUCUUUCUCUCUGCCAAAGACCCUCAGAUGAAGGCUGUUUGGCAGUGGAAGCUGAACCAGGCAGUUCGACAGGCCCUGAAUGGGAAGAGGGACUUCCCACUGUGGGGCAGGGCUGGGGAGGGCACCGAGCCCCCCUCCUGCCGCUUCUUCUCCUACUGCUUCAGGCUGGAGGGCAAGUUCAAGAACGCAUCCUACGAGGGCGAGUGGCACUGGGGAAAGCCACAUGGCAAGGGGACACUGAAGUGGCGUGAUGGACGCAACCAUGUUGGAGAUUUCAAAGAGGGUUUGGAGCAUGGGUUUGGGAUUUGCCUUGUCCCACGGCGCUCGGAAGAUCGGUACGACUGCUACAAGUGCCACUGGUACCAGGGCAAGAUGAGAGGCUAUGGAAUCUGUGAAUAUGGGAAUGAUAUGGUCUACAAAGGUUACUUUAAAGACAACGUGCGUCAGGGGUUUGGGAUCCUGGAGAACCUCUCAGCUGAGAGACCUUUUAAAUACACAGGACAGUGGGAAAACGACAAGAAGAAUGGAUACGGAGUCUGGGAAGACAAAGAUAGAGGGGAGAGAUACAUAGGGACAUGGCUUGAUGAUCACAAACAUGGGCAAGGCAUCGUAGUAACCCAGUCAGGUGUCUGCUAUCAAAGAACAUUUCAUGCUGAUAAAAUGGUGGGUUCUGGGAUUCUGCUCUUGGAAGAUGACUCUGUCUACGAAGGGAACUUCACAGAAGAUCUAACAUUUGUUGGCAAGGGCAAGUUGUCCUUUGCCAAUGGCUUCAUUCUGGAGGGAACCUUCACUAACAAAUCAGGCCAAGGCCUCCAGACACAUGGCAUCCUGAACACAUCCAAUGAGCAGCUGGAUGACAGGAUAACCAAAGCUCAGCUGGGCCUCGAGGAGUUUCCAGUGGAGAAGAGAUGGAAGGGAAUCUAUGACCAGUUCCUGGAUUUCAUCCAUUCUGGCUGCAGAGAAGAAACAGAGGAGUCUUUCAUGGGGUUCCACAUACAAACAAGCAAGGAGCUGAGGAAAUCCCAAGAGUAUCUUUUCUGCCAAAGGGGGACUGAGGAUGUAUCCUGGAAGAUAGAAGAUAUUCUUGAAGAGCUUGUCCAGCACCAGGGCCUGGAGUCACUGCAGAGUUAUUUAGAGAAGGCAUUGAAAUCUUCCCUGCACCCACUGGGAAAGCUGCUGAAGGCCUUGAUGAUAGCUUUUCAGGCAACAUAUUCUGGGAUUGGGGCCAACAGACACUUGCUGACUAUGGCACAAGAGGAAGUCAAGUACUAUGCAAAGAAAAUCUGGGAGUUUUACCAGGGUUUGCUCCAUCUGGCACUGGAACAGAAAGGCCAACAGCCAGUAAAGUGUGUAGAUGGAGAGACAAGUGACCAGAAGGCUUUCAGUGUGGUCCUGCCACUGAUCUUGCCCUGCUUCUACCCCGAGCUUUUCAUGCUCUACAUGCUCUAUCAUGAAAGAGAAGAUGACCUCUACUGCCAAGGGAUCGUGGACCUAAGUCUGUUUCCCGACAUCAAGCUGCUAGAGUUUCUGGAAGUGCAGAAACACCUCUGGCCUCUGAAAGAUCUCACCCUGACAACCAACCAGAGGAGGUCCCUUAUCAAAGACAAGUGUUUCCUGUCAGCCACAGAGUGUCUGCAAAAGCUGAUCACCACAGUGGAUCCCAGGGAAAAGCUUGUGAUCCUCCAGAAGACAUACGAGGAGAUAGAGAGCACAGUGUCCCGAGUGGUGGAGAAGGACUACAAGCUCCCCAUGGAUGACCUGCUGCCCUUACUGAUGUAUGUUGUGUCCCGAGCAAAAAUACAGCACCUGGGAGCCGAAAUCCAUCUGAUCAGAGACUUGAUGGACCCCACCAAUCAAGGGGGAAUGUAUGACUUUCUGUUAACAGCUUUGGAGUCCUGCUACGAGCACAUACAAAGGAUGAGACUCCACCAAAGAGAGAACUGCCACGUGACUCACAGCUCCUGA